GACGUAAUUAAAAAUCCAGACGUAUCUCACUGUACCGUGAUGGAUAUAAUAGGGACCUGGCUAACAAGAAAUAAUUAUCCUAUUGUACAUAUUCGCCGAGAGACAUUCAUAGGCAUGCUGACAAUUUCUCAAUCUCAAGAUGAAUAUUAUAUCGAUGAUGAAGGCGCUAAGCAAGUAUCACGUCACUGGUUACCUAUCACUUUCACUACGUGGGAACAGUUAGACUUCAAUAACACAACUCCUUAUCAUUGGAUAACUCCGAAGCGUACUGAAAUACCCGUCCCUACUCCUCAUGAUGGAUGGAUCAUAGUAAACUUACAACAAGCAGGAUACUAUCGUGUAAGGUACGAUUACGACAGCUUACACUUAAUUGCAAAAUACCUAAAGUCUAAGGACUAUAACAAGAUUCAUGUACUUAAUCGUGCUCAACUUGUUGAUGACACAUAUUAUUUCAUGCUGAGGGAAGAAGUUCCAUAGAGCACC